GACCUGUUCAGAGCGCGGGAGUUGUGAAAAGCUGUCUGAGUUCGUUAUUUGUUGUGGUGGAGAUUUUCCGAGUGCGGCUGACAUUUCUCCCUAGUUUUAGACCAUAUAAAGACGAUCUCGGGGAGACGAAUCGACGACAGUCCCAGCCAUGACGCUGUCACAGGAGCAAAACGCGGUGGACAAACGGUUCGCCCACCUUCUCCAGCCGAUCAAAGACCUGACCAAGAACUGGGAUGUCAACCUGGCGUCUGAGCUGGAAAACUACUUGGAAGAGCUGAACACCAUUCCCUUCUCCUUUGAUGGAGGCCUGUCCACUAUGAACUUUGUGGAAGCCGCUCUCCUCAUCCAAGGGUCUGCCUGUGUCUACAGUAGAAAGGUGGAACUGCUGUACACCUUGGUCUACCAAAGUCUGGAGAUGCUGGCCAGCAAAAAGAGACAGAAGCAAGGUUCAUCCCUGGAUGAAGAUGGCCAAGACAAGGAUGCUCCGGCCAACAAGGGAUGGGAGGAACCUGAGUUUCUCAGCUUGGAUGAUGAUGUCCCAGUACAGCCCAGCAAAAGAGGUAUUGAGCUAAAACCAGACCAGAACAAAAAUGUUGUGAUAGUACAGCGAGUGCCCAUGGCUCUGACUCCAUUAGAGGAGGGAGAGAAGAAAGAUGCAGAACUAGUCAGUAAGAAGGGUGACACCCUGGGCAGUCGUAUGGACUUCACGGUGAAUUUUGCCCUCCUGCACUCCCCCGACACCCUCAUGUUGGACCGGUCCAAUUGCUCCAAACUCAACCUGACUGAAGACCCCAGGUGGACUACACCAGGUAAAGAAGCUGGAGAUUUGCAGGCAGUCCCCGGGACAGAGAUUCUUCCACCACCACCCGAUGAUCUACCAGUCAACACAAGCAUGUGCAGUGAUGACGGAGGUGCAGACCCCCUGCCCCUGGGGGAUGAUCCAGUAGAUAUGGGCGACGGGGGUGGGGAUGACCUGGAGUGGGACAAUCCGGAGAGAAAUGCCGCAAGCGAACCCAGGAACCUACGACCAAGAGUUCACGUCGUGGAACCAAAAGAACAGGUAAAAAAUGACCCUUGGAAGCUGUUAGACCCACAUGAAGAACAGCCCAUCACAAACAUGAGGUCCCUGCCUUUCAAGAAAGGUGUGCCAUUUCAAGUGCUGCCAGGACUGUCAGGAAAUGCCAAGAAGCGGAAACUGAAGGCAGCCAGCACCCAACUGGAACCACUCCCUGAUCUCAUCUCUAAGACUCUUUGGGGAGACAAGAAGCUUCCUACCAACCCAACAAAAAGACCAACUUUUGCAGCCUUAGAGCACUUGUACUGGGAUGCCAUGAAGAAACGUCGACAACUUGAAAAGCAACUGGAGACAGAGGCAGUUCCAGAGUACUUAGAGGAAGAGGAAGAAGAGCAAGAAGAAGCUCCAGGGUUCCCUGCCCUGGACCAUGAUGAUGACGAUGAUGGUGACAAUGACUUUGGUGGUUUGGAGAUUGAGCCAGUUGGCACGGAGACAGAAGCGGCCCCGCCCAUGCCCACAGGUCUGGAGGAACUCCCAAAAGACAGUAUGGUGCAGACAUACGAGGACAUGGUCAGACAAUAUGUGGAUGGGUUUCUGGAGAGUGCACAGUACAUCCAGGAGACACAGCUGUCCAGACGGAUCAGGGAAUGGGAGGAAAAAAUUCUACCUCACCUGGAGGAAGAGGAAAGGCACGGUCCGUUUGACAUCCACAGCUGUGCUGACCAGACCCUGGAGCGUUUCCACACCGUGGGGGAGGUGCGCCCGCUACACGAGGUGUGCCGUGGUCAGGCCGCCUGGGGGGUCUGUCGGACAUUCGCUGCCUCCCUGCAGCUGGCAAACAACAUGAACUUGGAGAUAGGGCAGACAGGGGUGGUAGACAGUGCACUGAACACCAUGACCCUGACCUUACUGUCCAAGGAGCGGGCACAGGAGCGCUUCCAGGACUACCAGGCACCGUCACUGACACAGAAAAGUAAAAAAGGACACAAAUAACCAGGAAUAAUUCAAGAGAUUCAUAACCCUCAGCCUUUCUCAUUUUAACUGAUUUUCAACUUGCACCGUACAUGUAUACGUACAUACCUUCACAAGGAUUAUUGUUGGAUUUACAGACAAUAUGGAUGUACAAUACUACCUUUUUUUAGUUACGGGCAACAAAGAAAUUUGCUGCAGUGUCAGCAACUGGAAAAAGGUUGAGUGUGCCACUGAAAGUUGGCUGUGCAUGGAAAUAUUUUACCAAAGCAUAUCCAGUCAGUUGUAGAGUACAUGGACUUUGAAAAUCUGUAUGUAAGACUUUUUCUUGCCUCUGUCUACUGUCUCUUAUACAACCUCCAAGUGCUGAAAGUGGUCGUCUCUCAUAUCAUAUUCUCCUGUUAUGAAUUGUUCAACCUGUACUGUAUAUAUUACAUUCAUCUGUGUAGUCUUUGCUGUAUGAUAAAGCUUACCAUAAAGAACAAAAAUGGU